AAAACAACAAUCCAAGAAGGGAGCCACACCGCAUAAACGACGAACAACUGAAACCCUUAAACAGCACAAGAGAAGAGGGAGAAAAACAAUACUCCCUCCCCCUGAGAAUUGCCCUCGAAUUUUGCUACUCGUUUCCCCUGCCCCAACUCGCGAUCUGGGUUGAAAGAUGCGCGGCGAUUCCCUUCUCCUCUCGCUCGGAUCGCACGGAAGGCGUGGAGGCUGAGGAGUUGCCGGAGUCAAUUCCAACCGAUCUGAUCUCGCGUCUACAGGUUUCUUUGGUUGGCCGGGGAAUGCUCGUACCAAUAUGCUAAACCGAGGACUCGUGCGGUCGUUGUUGGAUCGCCUCCGCCCGCCGCGUUGGGGGAUGAACCCCGCCAUGCCGCCGCUGGCCGGCACCAAUCAUGCUCGCUUUUGCAGUUUUAGCCACUCAAAUGCGCACAACGAAAGCUCUAGGAUGCAGAGGAAGGGUGCCCUCGAUUUGGGGAUCGGCAGGAGAUUUGCGCCGGGCAGCGCGAUGAGCUUGAAGGGCUGUCUGGAUUGGCAGGAUAGCAGCAGGUUCAGGAGGGUGGGUGGUGAUGGUGAGGCAGUGGAAAUCAAGGCACGAGUUUUGGCCCCUCAGCGGCAGUUCAUCCGUGAUUCAGAGGUUUUACUGUCGGAGGAGGUGAGCGCAAAGAGCCUGAAUGGUAAUGGCACAUUCCGGCGUGGGAAGGGCCUUGGUUUCCCUGAGCAGGCACUGUCAACUAAGAUGGUUGUUGCUGUUGAUGUGGAUGAAGUUCUUGGAAGCUUUCUUGCUGCUCUGAACAGAUUUAUUGCGGAGCGAUAUUCUUGGAAUCAUUCAGUAUCAGAAUACCAUGUCUAUGAGUUCUUUAAGAUUUGGAAUUGUUCUCGAGAAAAAGCUAAUAUUCUUGUCCACGAGUUCUUUACAACCCAUUACUUCCAAGAUGGUAUACAUCCUAUCCCAGGCGCUCGAGAUGCUCUCCAAAACCUUUCUUCUUUCUGUAGCUUAUCUGUAGUAACAUCUCGGCAGGAUGCAAUUAAAAAUCACACAUUAGAGUGGAUCGAGAAGUUUUAUCCAGGCCUAUUCGAGCAAAUCCAUUUCGGGAACCAUUUUGCUCUGCAAGGUCAAUCAAGGCCAAAAUCAGAGAUUUGCAGAUCUUUUGGUGCUCAGGUUUUAAUAGAUGACAACCCAAGAUAUGCUUCAGAAUGCGCCGAUGAUGGCAUGAGGGUCUUGCUCUUUGAUUAUGAUAAUUCAUAUCCCUGGUGCAAAACUGGUGUGGAUCAAUCACAUCCCCUGGUGACCAAGGUUCAUAAUUGGCAAGAAGUUGAGCAAAAACUCCUUUCAUGGGUGGCACCUGAGAGCUGACAUUCUUUAUCCGGAGAGAGAGAGAAUUCAGAUCAGCAGAUGCUUCCUAACUCCUAAGAGCUUAAUUUCUGAAGAACAUGUUAGGUCCAUUUCAGCAUGGAAAUACAUGUCAAGGUGAAGUAGAAUACUCCAUAUCUUCACUGAGAGCGUGGCAAUUGGACAUCCCCUCACUGCAACAGGCUGAGUGUAGGCCUGGAAGCCAACCAGUUUAGUAUGACCUUAGAUGAUUCGAGAUCAGCUCAUGCAGUCACACACAUCAAAAGGCGAGUUCUUCAUUGUUUUAGCAUGUGUGUGUUACUGAGCUGUACAUGUAUUUGCUAUAUUGCCACUGUUAUAUGUAUUUGUUGAAUCAUAAUAGUCUAUAUGAAUUAGUCGGAGGAUACACACAAUCUUCGGUUUGAUCCUU